AUGAUUAAAGGAUGGAAGGAAGCCCUCACUCGAUCCAAAAGCGAAAAAACUAUGCCAAUCGAAACCAAUAUUGAUACCACAAAUACUGCUAUGCCACCUGAUUCACCUAAACCUAAUGGUAUUAUUGAUUCUUCUAAUCCAGAAAUGCCAAAAAACACUCGUGUGAGCAGCAAUAAUAGCACACCUAAUAAUAAUGCUGUUACUUUUAUGCACAACAAUCCUCAUGUCAAAGAUGUUCCAAAGACAGGUCCUUUGCAUCAUCGUCUUAAAAACGCUCCUAUUGAUCAAAUUCCUAUCAGCAAAGCACCUCGUCGUCAAAAAUCAUCUCGUUUUUAUGUUACUGAAAAAGUACAGUUAGAACCAACACCUGCAUUUCAUGAGGUACCAAGUCAUAUGCGUCCUGAUUUGUUUGUCAAGAAAAUCAAGCAAUGUACUGUUGUAUUUGAUUUUAGUGAUGCAUCUGCAGAACUUCGAGAAAAAGAAAUUAAACGUCAAACAUUACAGGAAAUCUUGGAUCAUAUCUCUAUGAACAGAGGCGUAUUGACUGAAAAUGUGUAUCCUGAAAUUGUGAAUAUGUUUGCUAUUAAUCUUUUCCGUCCUAUUCCUCCUCAAGUAAAUCCUGUUGGGGAUGCAUUUGACCCUGAAGAAGAUGAACCUGUUCUAGAACUUGCUUGGCCUCAUUUACAGACAGUCUAUGAAUUCUUUUUACGGUUCUUGGAAUCACCUGAAUUUAAUAUUAACUUUGCCAAGAAACAUAUUGAUCAUAAAUUCAUUCUUCAGUUAUUAGACCUUUUUGACUCUGAAGAUCCUCGAGAACGCGAUUAUUUAAAGACAACGUUGCACCGAAUAUACGGCAAGUUUUUAAAUCUUCGCGCGUUUAUUCGAAGAUCCAUCAACAAUAUCUUUUUUCAAUUUAUUUACGAAACAGAAAGACAUAAUGGUGUUGCCGAAUUCCUGGAGAUUUUGGGCAGUAUUAUUAAUGGAUUUGCUUUACCUUUGAAGGAAGAACACAAGACAUUUUUAUCGCGCGUAUUGAUACCUUUACACAAAGCUAAAUCACUUGCAUUGUAUCAUCCUCAAUUAGCUUAUUGUGUAGUCCAAUUUUUGGAAAAAGAUCGAGGCUUGACGUUUGAGGUUGUCACUGGUCUUUUGCGCUACUGGCCAAAAGUCAACAGUCCUAAGGAAGUGAUGUUUUUGAAUGAAAUUGAAGAGAUCUUGGAUAUUGUUGAUAUUCCUGAAUUUCAGCAAAUUAUGUGUCCCUUGUUUACCAAACUAAGUCAGUGUGUUGCAAGCCCUCAUUUCCAAGUUUCAGAAAGAGCUUUGUAUUAUUGGAACAAUGACUAUGUUGUAAGCUUGAUGGCCGAGAACAUCAAGGUGAUUAUGCCCAUCAUAUUUCCUACGCUAUACAAGACUUCCAAGACUCAUUGGAAUAAGACUAUUUUGAGUUUAGUCUAUACUGCCUUGAAGCUUUGUAUUGAUAUCGAUCCCACUUUGUUUGAUGAGUGUGCUAAUGAAUACAAAAACCAAAGGCAGUUGGAACGUAAACUUCAAAAAGAAAGAGAAGACAAUUGGAGACACUUGCAACAAAAGGCAGAGAGAAUCACAGCAUCAAAAACAGAGCUUGACAAUGUGUCUCCAAAUGAAGCCAUUGAAGAAUACAAGUCUGAGUUUGUUUUUGGAAAUACGGAUGCUAAUGGUAAAGUAUAG